AUGAAGACCUUCAACACCAUCGCAGCCCUCUUGCCCGCGGCAGUCCUCGGCGCCGCCGUGCCCAGAGCCGCUGAAUACAGCGUCACCGACUUCAGUGCCGCCUGCAUCGCCCACAGCACGUACUGCGCCCUCAACUUCAACGUGACCACGUCCGCCGGCGCACCCACGGUGACCUGUUCCUUCUUCGGUCCGGGCCCCGACUACCUGCCCGCUAUCCCGCUGUCCGGCUGCAGCGACCCCUCGGUCUCGUUCUCGUUUGCGCCCGCCGCGGACAAGUCGGCCUUCCCGCUGACCGUCGUCUCGGCUGCGGGGCCCGGCACGAACUUGACCGGCACCUAUGUCAUUCCUGGCGCGGAUGUCACGCUGGACAACAACGGCGCGGUCGUGGAUGAGCGAUACAUUGGCGGGGCUGAGUUUGUUAUCACUGACUUGACUACCAUCCCGGCUUAA